AUGGGGAACCCGCCCAAGUUCGUCAUGCGCGGGGACGAGGUCGUGGGCGACAACAAGAGCGACCGGGGCCCCGCGGGCCGCUGCGUCGUGACGGGCAAGAACGGCUCCAUCGUGCGCGAGGGCAUCGAGGUGUCGACGGAGAAGGUGGGCCUCGUGGAGAAGGGCACGGAGAUCGAGGUCGCCGAGACGCGCUUCAGCUCGCUGGGCGUGCCGCGGAGCCGCAUCACGGAGCCCUUCGAGGGGUGGGUGUCGACGAAGACGAUCCUGCGGUGCGAGGGCAAGCCCGCGCCGAUCACGUUCGUGCCGCCGCCGCCGCCGCCGCCGCGCCGCAAGCGGAACAAGAACGGGCCGGCGGUCAAGGCCGGGUUCCUCGACCCGACGGGCAAGUGGAAGAAGAAGGAGUUCUACAUCGACCCGAGCCUCCGCAAGGACUACGACCUCCUGACGAAGAACUUCCAGGCGCGCAUGUACAAGAACAACAAGGAGCAGGACGCCGAGGAGAAGAAGGCCAUGGGCAUGGACCCCGAGGCCGACGAGUACGACAGCGCCGCCGCGCGCACGAAGAACCGGCGGCGCCUCGCGGACCACGCCAUCAUGUCCUACAACAAGGACCGCAACGACUACGCCGCCGACAAGAAGCGCGAGACCAUGGCGGACAUGACGCCCGAGGAGCGGCGCGAGCGCGUCGUCAAGCUCCGCAAGUACCGGGACAAGAUGCGCGCGAAGCAGGAGAAGAGCGACCAGCGGCGCCUCAAGCUCGAGCGCGAGGAGAAGAUGUGGGCGAAGGAGCAGGUCAAGAAGGCCAAGGGCAUGCUCGGCGUCCGCGCGUCCGUCGACGUGGGCCCGACGAAGGACGCCUUCGACUACGAGGCGGCCAUGGACGCCAUCACGUGCUGGUUCCCGCUCCCGGACUGGGCCGGCCCGAAGGACGUCGACGUCCGCCUCGACCUCAAGUGGUUCUCCGUGGGCCUCGUGGGCGAGAACCCCUACUACGAGGCGGACCUCUGGGGGCCCAUCAAGGCCGACGAGUGCAUGUGGCACCUCGAGACGACGGCGACGGGCCGCGAGCUCUGCCUCCACCUCGAGAAGGGCACGCCGGGCGAGUGCUGGAUGAACUACUUCCGGCCGAUCUCGCGGAUCUGCGAGUGGCGCCACGACCCGACGCAGCCCGCCGUCGACCCGGACACGCUGCCGCGGCCCGCGUGGACCGACGAGGAGGAGGAGUUCCACGCCCAGUUCCAGCACGACUACUCGCCCUUCAACGAGGGCCCCGUGGACCGGACCGUCUACAAGGCGACGCUCGACGACGUCAUGAAGGACGUCAUGACGCCCAACGUCCGCGUCGCCGACCGCCGCAAGCCCUCGCCCCAGGAGUGA